GCAGGGCCGGCUGCGGUGGGGCGGGCCGCGGGGCGGGCCGGGCCGGGCCUCGUUCUGCUCUCCCCGCUUUACUGUCCCGUUGAGGGGUCGGAGGUGGUUGUUCCACUCGGGCCCGGCCGCCCCCUGAGCGGAGGGUGCCGGGUUGAGAGCUGGUUGUUUUUGUGGUGGUUUUUUUUUUGGCUGCAGGGAAGAUGGCCUCGAGGAGGAUCACGAGGGAGACGUUCGAUGUUGUGGUGCAGGAGAAAGUGAAGCGGUUCCGAGUGGAGCGGAGCGAUGCUGUGCAGCACUUCAAAGCUCAUCCAAGGCCGGUCCCAAGACUGAGAUAUGAAGAUAGUUUUCAUGAUGAUGGAAGAUACGACGAUGCCCAGCACCAUUCACACGAUGACUGGGCUGAGAACCCUAGAGAUGAAUAUCCAGGACCUUCUUAUAGAUCUGCAAGCCCUCUCAUAAGGAAAGCUAACUAUUACCAUGACCAGUUUGGUCACCCGGCAUCUCGUGACCGGGAGUUUGGCCACCCAGCAUCUCAUGACAGGGAGUAUGGACACCCAGCUGCAAGGGACAGGGAUUAUGGGCACCCAGCAUCUCGCAAUAGGGAGUUUGGGCGGCCGGCUUCUCAUGGCCGGGAUUAUGGACACCCUGUGCCUCGGGACCGGGAGUACGGGGGCCUGGCUUCUCAUGAUCAGGACUAUGGACAUCCUGAUUCUUGGGAAGCUGCUGGACCACAUGAAACUGAUUUUGGUUCUUCAGAUAUUUUAGGUGAUUUUAGAUCACCGGGACUUAUGGAAGAUGAAUAUGGCAACGUGGAAAAUCAGGAGUAUGAUGUAGACUUUGGAAUUCAAUCUGACAGUGAGUUCCGACCCCCAAUACGGAGGGGGAACAUUGGCAGGGGAAGAGCCCUGCGAGGAAAGCGUAUUACGAGGGGCACUGUUAAAGCUAAACUAUUCAAAGGAGACAUUAAACCGCCCCUAAAGAAAUGGAACGCUAAAAAACUGCAGCCGGGUCCUGAUCAGAAGCCAACUGUGCAACCUGAUGAAAUGCCAGAGACUGCUGACGGACCGAACCAGGGGCCGUUGGCCAUCCAGCACCCAAAUCAGAAGCUGCCUCCACAACCCAAUCAAAGACCAGCGAUAGCAACCCCGAGACCUAUCCUGCGGCUCCCAAAGCCUGCACAUGUUUUCAGGAAUCUCAAUUUUGACCUUGUGGAUAAGUCUGACAUUUUCUCGACGUUUGGAAUACAAAUCAUCAAAUGGGCUGGAUUUCACACAAUAAAAAAUGACGCGGAGUUUUCCCGUCUCUUUGGUGCUCUCUUUGAGCUGGAGACAGAAACAUGUGCAAAAAUGCUUGCUUCGUUCAAAUGCUCCUUAAAGCCAGAACACAGAGAUUAUUGUUUCUUCACCAUCAAGAGUUUACAACACGCUGCUUUGAAAACUCCCAAGGUGGACAAUGAGUUUUUAAACAUGCUGUUGGAUAAAGGUGCUGUGAAAACCAAGAACUGCUUCUUUGAAAUAAUAAAACCUUUUGAUAAAUAUAUGAUGAGGCUACAAGACCGCCUGCUAAAGGGCGUUACGCCUCUGCUUAUGGCCUGCAAUGCUUAUGAAUUAAGCAUUAAGACAAACGGUUUUGGUAACCCCAGAGAAAUGGCGAGUGCUUUUGAGACCACUGUUUCUCUUUGUCGUAAGUCUUUAGCGCUUCUGGGUCAGACCUUUGCCUUAGCGUCUGUUUUCAGGCAAGAGAAAAUACUGGAAGCUGUAGGGCUCCAGGAGAUGGCUCCAGCACCAACACUAUUCCCAAACUUCGACGAUUCGACGUUGUUUGGAAGAGAAUACAUUGAGAACUUAAAGGCUUGGUUGGAGAAAAGCGGAUAUCCAAUUCAGAUGAAGAAAGCUGAAGCAGAAUCCACAGUGCAGCUUAAAAAACCUUCUCCUGACACAAUCCCACAGCGAGCUGAUCGGAGAAUUGUAGAAACAAUCGAACAGCUCGUGAAUAGCAUUGUUUCAGGAUCCUUGUCUGCCAAAGAGAGAAAUGCUCAAAAGAACUGUCCUGAAUAUUGGUUCUUGUCUGAUGAAGAUAGUCUAGAAUACAAAUAUUACAGACUGAAGUUGUCAGAGGUGCAAAGACAGACAUCGUCAGGAAAGGAAGCAGGUGUUGAGGGCAGAACUCUAGAAGAAUCUGCAACAGAAUCAGUCAGGGCCAUGUUGUAUGCCAGGAAAGUCGCAAGUAUUAAGAGAAGGCUAUUCAAAAGGAAAAGGAUUGGAAUUAUUGCACAACGUGGGAUUCGAGGAAGGAAGGUGAGGAGAGCGACCAUAGGGACACAGACUUUGCUUUCAGCUGGGACAGUGCUGAAACACCAAGACAAGCAUCUUCAAGGUUCAGUCCACUCAGAGCCUUCUGUAUCAGAAACCACGACGUCUGAGAAGGAUGCUUCUCUUGAUACCUCAUCCUCACAAUGUGGCACCAGUUCUGAGGUCCCUCUGUCAUUGGAAGAAAGGGUGGGUUCAGAGGACGUACUGGCUCCGCCUGAACUUCUCUCAUCAUUGCCCUGUCAGUUUCCUGAUGUGGAUGCUAAAACGAUGGAGACAGCGGAGAAGCUUGCCAAGUUUGUUGCUCAGGUAGGACCAGAAAUUGAGCAGUUCAGCAUAGACAACAGUGCGGAUAACCCGGACCUUUGGUUUCUACAGGAUCGAAACAGUUCUGCUUUCAAGUUCUACCGCAUGAAGGUCUAUGAGUUAUGUCCAUCUAUUAACUUCAGUGACGUGAAAGAAGCAACUGAUGUUGGGGAAGAUGCUAAAGCUGAAGAGAGAAAUGCGGAUGUUUUGGAGGAGGAGGAGGAAGAGGAGGAAGAAGAGGAGGAAGACAAUGAGGAGGAAACUGAGUUUGAGGAGGAUAUUUCCCGACCUUUGGAAGAAACGGAGCAAGCUGAGGAGGGCGAAGAUGAUGAUAUCUCAGCAGGUAGAAGUGUGGAAAACCUGGCUGAAGAGAUGAUUUCCGAAACAGGAGAGGAAAUUUCAACAGGUGAAACGCAGCUGGCUACAUCAUCUGAUGGUGCUGUACCAAAUCUGUCAACACAGGCAUCAGCUCCUUCUCCUGGAACCCUAUUUCCCCGCAAGAGAAUCAGCAGCAAGUCUCUGAAAGUUGGUAUGAUUCCUGCGUCUAAAAGGAUAUGCCUCAUAGAAGAACCAAAAGUUCAUGAACCUGUCAGAAUUGCUUAUGAUAGGCCUCGUGGCUGCCCCAUGAGCAAGAAGAAGAAGAAACCAAAAGAUUUAGAAUUUUCACACAAGAAACUGACAAACAGAAAUGUAGGUUUCCAGAUGCUUCAGAAGAUGGGCUGGCAAGAAGGACAUGGCCUGGGUACACGAGGGAAAGGAAUCAGAGAGCCUGUGAAAGUGUAUGUAAUGGGAACAAACUGCAGCAAUCUGGCAGCUGUGGAACAGGCUGGGAUCCUAGUAGUAACUAUUUCUAUUUUAACCCUCCUUGAUGUGGCCAGUUCGGUGUUUUGUUUCCUUCUUGAUGUGGUCUUUGGCCUCAGCAAAGUAGAGCGUGGAGACUUCACGCGUUUUCCUGGCCAAGCUGAGCACAGUUUGGUCUGGAAGUUGGCUGUUCCUUGCUGUGCACUUUGACAUCACUGAAGUUGCAGUGUGAAUGCUGCAGUGUGUGGACACUUUCAAAAGAUAUAUGGGCUCUCCUAUUAUUCAGGAGAUGUUUUUGUUUGGUAUAUUUAGUUGUUUUGGGUUUUUUAAUACCUUCUAUCUUGGGGAUCUCCUUGCCAACAUGCUAGGUAUGUGAAAUAUAAAUAGACUCUGGGAAUAUCAUACACAGUACUCCCUCAGUUUAGGCAACAAAAUUAUUGUCACUGUAAAUAUGUGAUCCAUUCCAAUGAAUGCUGAAAGAGGUAAGUGCAUCUGCCAGAAGGUAAGUGUGCUUUUUCCUUCAAAACAUACUGUUUUUGAAUCUUCACUUUGUCUUUUAAAGUUGCUGUAUCCCGUGUGUACUGCUGAAGAAUGGAUAUCAACUCCCUGACUGAAUAAGGAGACAGAAUCAAUUUAUUUGUCUCUGAGUCCAUAUGCCAACCUUUCUAGUCCAUAUAUGGAAUUUGUGGGUUAAUUUUCUCUUUAUGCCUUUAACAGUGCAGGUCAUUGUAGUUGGUGGCAUACUUCCAGUUGUUUGCUUUCUCUUUUUGUUAUGGUUCCCUGUGGUCCAGUGGCCAUUACUUUAUUUUUUUUUCCCCACUGAUCUUUCAUCUGCAGCAAUUAGACAGUGAGAAAGCAGCUUACCUCUCCUCCAGCUCUCUUGUGCUCACAAGUGUCAGAACCUUGGGUUCUUAACUUCAGAACUUGUUGGGACCAAAUAUAUUGUCAAUAUUUUCAUUUCCAUAGCUCCUGGCACAAGUCUUGCUGCACAGCUAAUAGGUUAUUUAAUUGUAUUUGGUCUGAUAGCCCUCAUAUUCUACAAGUUUCUGUCCAUCUUUAAGAACCAUGUUUUUAGUAUGUGAAAAUACUGUUUUGCCAGUUUGAGUCCAUUACUUUAUUGCCCCUGAAGUGAUGUAGAGUAGUGAAGGAUUGUUUUCCUUUCAAAAACUCAUUGAUCUGCUCUGUAAAGUAGAGGUAAGUCCGUAUCAUGGAUUGUUUUCAUGGUGACCACCUCUCCAGUUAAAAUCAUCCUUUGGAAAAUACCUUAAGUUCAUCUCAGCGAGAGUGAAAGCAGUGCAACUUUUUGUUGCUUUUGUUACAGUGCAGAGUGUUUGGGUUUUUGUUCCAUGUCAUUAACCUGUAACCUUCACUCUUGCCUCACCUUUUAGAGCUACUGACUCUUCUGUUGAUGACUUGUUUGUAAGUCAGCAUGCUGUCUCAUCUUCUCUUAGCAAAAGGUGAUGGAUUAGUAAUGGUAGACACUCCAAUUCCAGUGUAGCACAUAUAUCAAACAAGGUAUAACACUUUUAGAUCUGAAAGUAGUACAUUCAGUUACAUCAGUUGUCAUACGGUGGAACUUGGGGCUCUUUUUUAUUGGAGAAGCUUAAGGCUUUUCUUUGAAAGGCUGCUAGGGCAGCUCAUAUUUUUGUUGUUGUGGAAGGUAUUUGAAUUGAGUGGUGACCCCUCGAGGAAAUGAUGGCUACAGAUGUGGGUCAAAAAGUUUUUCCAACUUGAUGUAAUGAAAUCUUUCAUAGGUAAUACAAUGAACCCAGAGGAUAAAACAGGCACAGGAUCAUUCCUGUGGCAGGAUUUUCAUUAAUCUUAGCUUUGUAAUGUCUGUGUCCUAUGCAUAAAGCUGGAGAAAGAAGUUUUUUGUUAACUGUUUGUACCUCCACGUUCUUGUGGGUCAUCUGCUCCCAUCCACUUCCAGGGUAGAAUGCUGUUUUGAUAGUGUUGAGGCCUGGCUGUUCCUGUUGGCGUGUCUGGGUGAAGAGAAGGAAGUUAACUUAUAUUUUCUUUUUCCCUGAAAGGUCAGGAGCUCUGGGUUUGUCUAUGGUGUCUGUCCUGCAAGACUUUAGCUUGCUUUGGGUACUAGAAAUCUCAAGCAGCAUGAUGUUCCCUUGGUAAAAAAUUUCAUCUUUCAUCCAGAGUUCCGUGGUGUUUCCUAGUUACUCCUCAAAAUCUCUGACUUCUGUCACGUUGGAAAUGUAAGAAACAAGGCAAUUUUUGCCGUCCUUUCAGCAGGAGAUCUCAUCUACUCCAAGUAAAGUGGUUAAUGUAAAAAUUGGUGUAGAAAUUUGAUCUGUUAGAUAACUGUCUUCACUGUUCCCUCAGUAUCAUAGGAGUGGUUUCUUCUAGUGGGUGUUUGCAUGUGUAAUGGGAGGUGGGAACUGUUUUGCAGUUGAUGUCAGGUACAGAGUCUCUGCUCCCCCUUCUCCCCUAAGUAAAGCAGAGUUACUUUUCCCUUAGGUUGUGUCUGUUGGAAGGUAUUGUUUAGAUCUCUUCUGCACGUUGACAAAUGUAACAGGAACAGUAUAUUCUAACUAUUCAUUUUACUCCCUAGGGGUGCUACCUCUGCAGGGGAGGGCUUGGGUGUUGCAGGGGAAGAAAAUAAAGAAGAUGCAUUUGAUGUUUUCCGUCAAAGAAUGAUACAAAUGUACAGGCAGAAAAGAGCAAGUAAAUAGGUAUGUGCAAUGGACAAAUCUGGUUUGUGAAUUCCUGCAAACAUUAAAAUACCAGGUUUUUAAAGUCUUCUUUUACCAAGAAAACAUUGUUUCCAUGAGUGUAUCUGGCUUCUUAACGUUUCAUGAAAACCCAGACCUACCUUGAACUGCUGAAUUACCCCAAAUCUUACUUUCUAGGUGUGACAUAAGAGACUCGCUCAUUAGAAAGAGAACGGAUACACAAAGGCUGCUGUGUGGAAGUCAUUGGCAGAGAGUGCCAAUAUGAGGAACACUCUAUUCUGUAGUAGUGGAUUCGAACACUUAUAUAUUAUUAUUUUCCAGGAUUAAAGUUAGUCUUGUAUUUAAUUGUGCAAGCUAACAACUUGGCUGUCAUCUUUUGAGGGAGAAACAACUGUUUUUGUUCUUGGAAGUGCCAGUUUACGUCUGUCUUAGGCCACGUUUGCCUGUUUUGCAAUGAGGUGGCUUAGUACCAACAGAAAAAGUGACGUUACCAUUGCAACUCACCUGCUUUGGCUCUGUUCCUUUUGGAAGCCAAGGACCUUCUCAAAUUCAAAACUUAUUACCAGGCAGUUCAGUUUGCUACGUGUUGUUGAUGAGCUCAUCUUCUCAUCUGCUUUUCAAGUCUGCAUAUAGCAGUUUCCUUUCCUCCACACACCAGUUUCAAGAAGAAUCUGUACCCACCUGCUUAUUUUAUAUAGGAUUCUAUACUUGAAGUGCAGGAUGAAUAAGUUCAUUUGAGUUUGAGAAUGCAAAAGUCUUCCUUGAAAACACUGGCUGCUGAGGUUUUCCAUUGUAGCAAGCAAGCAGUGCUUAUUUUAUAUGUACUUUUUGAUUGUACGCAAGUUUACAGCUCUUGCUCAACAAAUUCUUGAAUAAUAUCUUUCCUUCUCAAGGAAGUUUAAGCCAUGACCAGGUGUGAUUUGUGUGUUUGCAGAAAAUACUGAAGAAGAUACUUGGAAAUCAAAUAAUCAAAAGUCAUCUGGAAGUGGAUCAUCAGUUUUGUAAGACCAUCAGUUUAGAGAGUAAUUUCUGUUUCUGUUUAAAGUAUUGGCUUUGCAGAAGUUUUCAUUCAAAAGCCCCAUGAAAUAAGACAAAAAGCUUGUAAUUCUGAGGGACUAUUUCAGAAUUUACUGAGAGAGAAGACUGGAUUAACCUCCUCUGCUUCAACAAAAAGCAAUUCCUAACUUCUUGGUGAAGCAGCUCUGAAGACAUGAAAGAUUUAGCAGUGUUACCACAAAUAAACAUUCAAAGUCUGAUCAUUCAUCUUUUUCAGACAAGCACAUCCAUCAACAAGAGCUCUGUGACUGGAUGACUGAAAGUGGCAGAAUGUAACGUGCUUUUUUAGCAUACUUCUCCAUCUUUACCUUCCUAAAAUUAGUUAAAAGUCUUCACUUGAAUGUUACGGUACCCAAACCUACUUCACUGAAGUUCUUUUUAAAGAGAGUUCAUCUUGAGCUGACGCAUGCUUUGCUUAUUAGGAGUGAGUGCUGUCUUGCUGAUGUUUUCAUCCUGCAUCAUGCUUCUUUACAGAGCAAAGAGCUUGUGCACUCCACCAUAGUGUGGCAGCACCUCAAGCUCCUAACUGACAAAUACACAAGAAAACGUGCUCUUCAGUUACAAACUUGCCUGUGCCUGCUGUUUGAGAACAUUAUAUUCUCUCCAUUAAAAACCCUGCUGGUUAAAAGGGAGCGUAUUUGUUUUAGUUCUGUAGCAACAAACUUUUUCUGGCCUGUAACAACCAUCACGAAUGCAAGUUUUUUUUUCCUUAUGGAAUGGGUUUGUGAAACUAAAAGAAACAGUGUCAUGUUUUGGUGUAAUUUUCUCGUCACUGUUUUAGUUGCUUUGAAGCACAAUGAUCACAAAAUAAAACAGUAAUGGCAGGUGUAGAAAAAUGCCACGCUGCUAGUUCUGUUUUUCCAUGGACGUCAUCUGUCUUCGCUUUUAUGUUAACAAGAAGCCGGAGCGUGAAGACCUUAAAUACAACUAAGUUUAUCUUUUGAUUAAAUUAACAUUUGAUUAAAGACAUUUGAUGGUCUAGAGAUUUCCUGUAGGCUUUCCUUUACUUGGGGAUGCUUUAAAUCCAUACAUGUUUUGUACCUACUCUAAAGGUCAUCAGUGAUGGUGUUUGGUGGUACCUGUUAAGUUCCCAGCUGGGUGUAUUCUUCACUGCCUCUCUUCUGUGCCUGGUUAGCAGUUAUGUAUUGUAAAACUUGAACCUGUUGAAAAGGAGAGUUAUCAAUCGCUGUCUGUUUUACAGUGACAGUCUGGGAUAAUAUUGUUGGCUUCUUAAAAAGGAUCAGUUUUUCUUUUAGUUCCAUUGAUGAAGCUGCCAGUUUUUCUGUUAUCAGUUUUUAUUUCCUUGCAGACUUCCAGUUAACCUCUUCUUUAACAUAUUUUGCCAGCAUUCUUGAUUAUAUGUUGCACCACUUGCAGACAGGCACAAGGCAGUGUUGUUUCAUACCGGGUUGAGAUCCAGUCUCUCACCCUAUAUCAGCAUUCUGUGCUGCUCUGAUUUAACCUGAGGCACAGCCCUAUUUGGGGUGCCUUUGCUAAAACACCUACUUGCCCAAUCUGGCAAAACUCUUGGUAUCCAGAUUGGAAAAUGGUACCUUCCUUUCUGAUUGCAGUUCAAUUUAGAGUGUAAUGCUGGCUUGAAACUGAAAGUGUGAACACUAAUCUGCUACUCUGGAUGGCUGUAGUCAUAGUAUGGUCUAUCUUUCUUGUGCCAAACUUUAUAUUUGGACAAGACAUCAACAGAGCAGUAUUGGUGCUGAGAUUCCAGUGUUGCUCUCACGUGAGUUACUAUUUGCCACUUUGAUCUUGUGUUACCAAGAGAUGACCUUAUGUUCCUUUUGCAAAAGGGAUUUCCUUUUAUUUUGACCUGCUUUUGCAGGCAGCUCUGAUUUGAAACUUUAAAUAUGUACAUAUGAAACGUUUGUUAUGCGGAUACAUUGCCUUGUUGAAAGCUUACUAGCUUCUUUUCUGUUAUUUUAGUUCCAGGCUCUCUUCCAUGAAGACUGCAAGCUUCAGUGAACAUUUUAACUAACUUCAGUGGUGUGUCUGCUGUCUUUUGGUUGGUUUUAUUUUGUUGUUGUUGUUGUUGGUUUGGUUUUUGGUUGUUCGUUUUUGUUUUUAUUUUGCCAUUAAUCCUGCAGAGCAAUUUGCUACUUUCUGUUCCAUGCAAAUUGGCGGUAGCAUUUAGCUAGUAACAUUUAGAUGCUUAUGUUAUUGGGUAACUGACGUUUUCCUUUCAGUGUAAGUAAAACUGUUAGCAUUGUUAAUCUUUUACUAUCUGCAAUAAAUGUAGAACUAAACACUA